AGAGAGCGAGCUGGGAUUGGGCUAUAAAAGCGGGGAGGUCAGGGGGAGGGGGUAGGGAGAACGGAAAAAAGGAGAAAGUAGAAGAAGCGAACGAGCACUGCGGCGAGCGAGUAGGCGGGCAGGACAGCGGAGUAAAGAGGGAAGUUCGAGAAAGCCUAAAGAGAGUAGGUGCUUUCAUGGUUUUUUUCUUUUGGCGGAUGGCACUGAUUGGGGUUUAGAUCGGUUUGGAAGAUCUACUUCUUUGCUUUGAAGAUGUUUGUAGAACUCGUGCUUGUGGUUCUGCUUUGAGAGAGAGUUUUAAAGGAGGUUUACAAGUUGUGAAGAAUUUUGAUUUUCGGGAAGUCCUAUUUUUUUGCGCUGGAGCGGUUAGGGAUUCCGGGUAGCAUGUCGUCGUUGAGCAGGGAACUAGUUUUCCUCAUAUUACAAUUUUUGGACGAAGAAAAGUUUAAGGAAACCGUCCAUAAGCUGGAGCAAGAGUCUGGAUUUUAUUUCAAUAUGAAACAUUUUGAGGACCAAGUUCUGGCCGGUGAGUGGAAUGAAGUGGAGCGCUAUCUAAGUGGGUUUACUAAGGUUGAAGACAAUCGAUACUCCAUGAAAAUCUUCUUUGAGAUAAGGAAGCAAAAGUAUCUUGAAGCACUUGAUAGGAAUGAUAGAGCUAAAGCUGUAGAUAUACUGGUGAAAGAUCUUAAGGUCUUUGCCUCAUUCAAUGAGGAACUUUUCAAGGAGAUUACCCAGCUACUUACCCUUGAGAAUUUCAGGCAAAAUGAGCAGCUUUCAAAGUAUGGUGAUACAAAGUCUGCACGUAAUAUAAUGCUUACUGAGCUUAAGAAGCUAGUUGAAGCUAACCCAUUGUUUCGUGACAAGCUGACCUUUCCACCCUUUAAGGCUUCUAGACUAAGAACCUUGAUCAAUCAAAGUCUUAAUUGGCAGCAUCAGCUUUGCAAGAAUCCACGCCCCAACCCUGACAUUAAGACACUUUUCACUGACCACUCAUGUGCACCUGCUAAUGGGCCACGGCCUGUUCCUCCUACCAAUGCCCCCCUUGUCGGGCCCUUACCUAAAUCUGGCCCUUUUCCUCCAUUGGUAGCUCAUAGUCCAUUUCAAACUGUAGUCAACCCCCCUGCAAGUGCCAUUGCUGGAUGGAUGUCAAAUGCCAAUCAAACAUUACCUCAUGCUGCUGUGGCUCAAGGGCCUCCUGGUCUUUUGCAGCCUCCAAACAUGUCAUCUGCUGCUUUUAUGAAGCACUCGAGGGCUCCUACAAAUGCAACAGUCAUGGAAUAUCAAACUAUUGAUUCAGAGCACUUGUCAAAGAAAAUUCGGACUGGGCACUCUGAUGAAGUAUCAUUCUCUGGUGCCAUCCAUCUGGGUAAUAUUUACACUCAGGAUGAUCUUCCCAGAACAGUUGUUCGGACACUAAAUCAGGGUUCUAGUGUUAUGAGUUUUGAUUUUCAUCCCCAGCAUCAAAGUUUUCUUCUUGUUGGCACAAAUGUCGGAGAAAUCUCCAUUUGGGAAGUUGGAUCUCGCGAAAGAAUAGCACAUAAGGCUUUCAACAUUUGGGAUAUUUCAGCCUGUUCCAUGCCUAUGCAGGCAGCCCUGAUGAAGGAUGCUACAAUUUCUGUAAAUAGGUGUCUAUGGAGUCCAGAUGGAUCCAUCGUUGGUGUUGCAUUCUCAAAGCAUAUUGUCCAGACAUAUGCUUACACUCCAAAUGGAGAGUUGAGGAAUCAUUUAGAGCUUGAUGCUCAUGUAGGUGGUGUAAAUGACAUUGCAUUUGCUCAUCCCAAUAAGAGUUUGUCUAUCAUUACAUGCGGUGAUGACAAGAUGAUCAAGGUGUGGGAUGCAAUGACAGGUCAGAGGCAGUAUGUAUUUGAAGGGCAUGAGGCUCCUGUAUAUUCAGUCUGUCCCCAUUCCAAGGAGGCUAUCCAGUUUAUAUUCUCGACCGCUAUUGAUGGGAAAAUAAAAGCAUGGCUAUAUGAUUGCAUGGGAUCUAGAGUUGAUUAUGAUGCUCCUGGACACUGGUGCACUACAAUGGCUUACAGUGCAGAUGGAUCUAGGCUCUUUUCAUGUGGAACUAGUAAAGAUGGAGAAUCCCAUCUAGUUGAGUGGAAUGAGACAGAAGGGGCUAUUAAAAGGGCUUACUCUGGCUUUAAGAAACGCUCUCUUGGUGUAGUUCAGUUUGACACCACUAGGAAUCGUUUCUUAGCUGCUGGAGAUGAAUUUUUAAUAAAGUUCUGGGAUAUGGAUAAUGUCAAUAUUCUAGCCACCACAGAUGCUGAGGGUGGAUUACCUGCGAGUCCUCGGCUAAGAUUCAACAAGGAGGGUUCUUUGUUUGCGAUUACAACAACUGACAAUGGGAUAAAAAUACUAGCAAACGGUGAUGGACAACGUUUACUUAGGAUGCUGGAGGCAAGGGCUUUUGAGGGUUCUCGAAGCACAUCUCAACACAUUAGCACGAAGCCUCCAAUUGCCAAUGCCUUGGGCGGUGUACCAAAUUUUUGCAGCCCAAUGGCAACUACCAUGGAGCGAGGUGACAGAGUUCCUACUGCUGCCUCAGCAAGCAGUCUGGCUAUCACUGAUGGAAGGAUGGCUGAUGUGAAGCCUAGGAUUGCUGAUGAUUCUGAAAAGAUCAGAAGCUGGAAAUUGGCUGAUAUUGUCGAUCCUGCUCAUCUUAAAGUCUUACCCCUGCCAGAUUCUUCAACGAAUAAAAACAAGAUUUUGAGCCUCCUGUAUACUAAUUCUGGAUUAGCUGUACUCGCUCUUGCCUCCAGUGCAGUCCAUAAGCUAUGGAAAUGGCAGCGUACUGAACGAAAUCCAUCUGGCAAGUCGACUGCAACUGUGGUGCCUCAGUUGUGGCAACCUACGAAUGGAUCACCUAUGACAAAUGAAACAAAUGACUGCAAUCCUGAAGAAUCAAGUGCUUGCUUUGCUCUGUCCAAAAAUGACUCGUAUGUUAUGUCAGCAUCUGGUGGAAGGGUCUCCUUGUUCAACAUGAUGUCAUUUAAGGUUAUGACAACAUUCAUGGCUCCUCCUCCUGCAGCCACUUUUCUAGCAUUCCAUCCUCAGGACAAUAAUAUUAUUGCAGUAGGAAUGGAAGAUUCUUCCAUUCAAAUAUACAAUGUCCGGGUAGAUGAGGUGAAAAUCAAGCUCAAGGGUCACCAGAAGAAAAUAACCGGCCUUGCAUUUUCGCAGUUACUAAAUGUUCUCGUCUCCACUGGAGCUGAUGCACAGAUAUGCAUAUGGAGCAUUGAUGGAUGGGAAAAGAAGAAAGCCAGAUUCAUUCAAACACCUGCUGGUCGUGCAGGACCAUUAGUUGGGGAUACAAGAGUUCAGUUCCACAAUGAUCAACAGCAUCUCUUGGUUGUCCAUGAAACCCAACUGUCCAUCUACGACAGCAAGCUUGAGUGCCUCCGAUCUUGGUCUCAUAGGGAUAAUCUCCCUGCACCGAUUUCUAGCGCUGUGUACUCUUGUGAUGGUCAGUCAAUAUAUGCCGGAUUCUGUGAUGGGGCGGUUGGAGUUUUUGAUUCAGAUAGUCUGAGGCUCCGUUGCCGGAUAGCACCUUCUUCAUAUACUAACUCGUCAUCUCCAAGUGCCGGAUCAGUUUAUCCCACCGUAGUUGCUGCUCACCCAUCAGAGACAAACCAGAUAGCAUUGGGCAUGAGCGAUGGAACAGUAUAUGUGGUGGAGCCUCCAGACGCUCAGGAAAACAGUCCGCUUCCAGCCAUGUCAUCCAACCCUUCUUUGAGCAACCAAGCUUCUGAUGCCCCCUCCAGGUGAAGAUAUUCCAUCAGUACAACUAAUUUUAUAGGUCCAUAGUUGCUCGGGGGA